ACUGGGACGUUGUCUAUGUGCGUGCGCGUUUUAAUCAGCUUCGCUCUUUGAGAGAACCACAAAAGAGCCUCUUGCUCUCGACGGUUAUGGCACAAUUUGGUGCACCGGACCGCAGCGUCGGUGAGGGUGAUAACUGCAACCGUGGACCAGCCAGAACGAAACGGAGCGAGUUGACGCGUGUUGCAUUUAUGGGACAUAAAAAAAAUCAGGAAGCAGCACUUCUUGGCAAGGGCCAGCAGCCGACUCCACCGAUGAGGCCCCAAAAAACCCUCACAGAGGAGUGACCCCAACCCUGGCAAAAGAUCCCCGCCGAGGCCUCCCUUUGCCGUCAGGAUCUGCUCCGGCGGGAAUUGUUUCUUCCUGACGUGGCCCCGUGAUCAUUCGAAACUGUUUCUCCAACGCUUGCACCAGAAACUUAGACUGUUUUCCAAAGCAGAGGCGGCCCAGCCCCCCCAGGCAGAAAGGAUGGGGAGCGUGCGAAGCCACCGCUACAGCAUUGUGUCCUCCGAAGAGGACGGCAUGAAGCUGGCCAACAUCGCCGUGCCCAACGGCUACGGCAACGGCGACGUCAACAAGGCCGAGCACCAGCGCCAGAGCCGCUUCGUGCGCAAAGACGGCCACUGCAACGUGCACUUUAUCAACAUGAGCGAGAAGGGCCAGCGCUACCUGGCGGAUAUCUUCACCACCUGUGUGGACAUCCGCUGGCGUUGGAUGCUGCUCAUCUUCUGCCUUUCCUUCCUGCUCUCGUGGUUAUUCUUUGGUCUGGUCUUCUGGCUGGUGGCGCUCUCCUACGGCGACCUGGAGGCAGAGACUCAGAUGUGCGUCUCCAACGUGGACAGCUUCACGGCUGCCUUCCUGUUCUCCGUGGAGACCCAGACCACCAUCGGCUAUGGCUACCGCUACGUGACCGAGGACUGUCCCGUCGCCGUGUUCAUGGUGGUCUUCCAAAGCAUCGUGGGUUGCAUCAUCGAUGCCUUCAUCAUCGGCGCAGUCAUGGCCAAGAUGGCCAAGCCCAAAAAACGGAAUGAAACUUUGGUGUUCAGCCACUACGCCACAGUGGCGAUGAGGGACGGCAAACUAUGCCUCAUGUGGCGCGUGGGGAACCUGAGGAAAAGCCACCUCGUGGAGGCUCACGUCAGGGCGCAGCUCCUCAAGUCGCGGACGACGGUGGAAGGUGAGUUCAUCCCUCUGGACCAGGUGGACAUCGACGUUGGCUUCGACAGCGGCAUCGACAGAAUCUUCUUGGUGUCUCCUAUCACCAUCGUCCACGAAAUCGAUGAGGACAGCCCCUUCUACGAGAUGAACAAGCAGAAGCUGGAGAUGUCCGAGUUUGAGAUCGUGGUGAUUUUGGAGGGCAUGGUGGAGGCCACGGCCAUGACCACUCAGUGCCGCAGCUCCUACGUGGCCAGCGAGAUCCUCUGGGGCCACCGCUUCGAGCCGGUGCUCUUCGAAGACAAGAACUUCUACAAAGUGGACUACUCGCGCUUCGACAACACCUACGAGGUGUCCGGCACGCCGCACUGUAGCGCAAGAGAGUUGGCAGAGAAGACAUCCAACGCCUGCAGCCCCAGGAACUCUUUUUGUUAUGAGAAUGAGGUGGCUCUGGUAAAGAUCGAGCUGGAGGAGGAAUUGGAGGAGGCAGCGGCGGAUCACGGCGCGACGAGGAACGCCGAGAAUUGCCCGCCCAAAGACGGCAACGCGGGCUCAGACUUUGAACAGAAUCUGGACUCUUUGCCUUUCGAUUCAAGACCUUUGACUGCUGAAUCGGAAUUAUAACACUGCACUUUAAGAUAUAAUCAGGAUGGAGAAUGGUUGGAAAGUUUUCACCGUCUCUAUGAAGCCCUUCACAACCCCAAAAAAUCAUGGGAAUGCAAAGUUAAGUCUACACUGUAGUGCAAUAGUUCAAACCUAGUGUAGCUUUUCCCCCCCUCCUUUCUUUAUAGCAUUGGUGAGGAGCCUUUUUUCCGAUCAGGGACCAUCGUCGUUUUUAUAAAGUCCCCGGAGGACGACACAAUAUUUAAGAACAUGUUCAACGAUAGGAUCAAACAAAUGUUUAUUAUUAGAAAUCACGAGCAUUUGUGAGUUGAAUCUUUCCUCUGAGGUUGUAUUUGAGAGACCAGAUAAAAUUGUCGUGUUUGGCCCACGGGCUGCAAGUUCUUCGGGCCUGCUUUGCAGAUAUAUAUGCAAUUCAAUCUGCACCUCUUGUGGCCUACGUUUUGAACAGGAGGUUGUCGCUAAAAUGAAUAUGCAGGGUCUACUUGAAAGUACAAACAUAGCAUUUGAACGGCAUGAAAAAUUCGGCUGUCAGUGAAGUAUUCAUUUCACAAUAUGUUUAUUAUUGUGGUUGUAGAGGUCAGUAACUGUAGUGUUUCUCUCAUAGAGCUAAAUAAGGAACCAGAAACCCCAAAAGUAUGUCAAGUCCAGUGCAGCUCUGCACCAAUGAAAACUACAAGGCCACUAUUUGAAAGCAAAUCCUGUCAAAUGAUCACCUCAUACUUGCAUUCAUUUUCUUCCAUGAUUAUGCUCACUUACUAGUGAGCUGUCGCCAAUCCCAGUUAACUUUGGUAGAUUUAUUAUUUUUCUUAAAUUGGAAUAUUUAAUCCAUUCGAUUGAACUGCACAUCGAGGCCUAUGUGCAGUCAUCACAUUUGGGAAGUCACUUAUUUUUGCCCCGUUUGUGCCAGAGUGAAAAUUGUUAAUGAGCCGGUUUCUUUAACAAAAAAAACAUAUUAAUAUUCUUUGGCAGAAGAAUCAUGACAGAAUUCCGUCUCUUCCAAUGUGCAAUAACAGCGACUUGAGAGGAAAACCUCGAUAACGAGCUGGGAAUGUGGAUGCUGUAGUGCUGCUAAGUAACAUACUUUCCGCUUUUUCUCUUGGAGCCAGAAACGUAUUAUUCGUGAUUUCUCGAUACACAAAUGCAGUCAACUUUUUUUUAUUCUUCCCAACUGAUGAGCAUGAGUCCAGUGUGCAUUUUCCCCACGCUUUGUUUGUUUCAGCAGACCGCUACCACUGUCUUCUUAGCUGAGGCCUAACAUGUACAUAUGUAGCUCACGUCAAUAUCCUAACAUUGAUUGGCGGCUGCGAUGGCCAAUUGUUGGUGUCGUCUAUAUGGAGGUCAGUGUCGUGCACGUUCGAUUGAACCCUUUCACGCGUCGCUGCAGUCAUCAGUGGACCCCUUGCUUUGUCUUAAUGAUGUCUGGAUUCAAGCCACAAAUAAAACUCACGGCACUUUUAUUUAUAGCUACUGAUCCCUGGGAAAUCCAUGAAACCGGAGGAUCACUUUUGCCAGCUUCUUCCCCCUAUCAGGGUUGUCUCACCUGCCUGCACCAACCAGACUUAUAAAAAAUAAAAUAAAAUAAAACAUAUUUUGUCACUAAUGUUGUACGGUUGUCGAAAGCAGUUUUGUCUCUUUCAUUUGCAAUAAAACACGUUGAAAACGA